AUGGAUGGAUGGGAUGGCCAAGUUUGUGUUUCUAUCAAACCCAGUCUGAAAGAUGACGACAGCGGUGACCACGACCAGGACCAAGGCUCACCGAAAGACAGUGAGAAGGAAAACAUGGAAGAUGAGGACCAGGAGUAGAACUCUACAAAGAAAAAGAUGGUGGUCCCAGGGGCCGGUGAGCACCCUCUAUAGUACAACUACAGAUUGUGGUACUCCAGACGAAACCCAGGUCGACCAUCGAGCACUCAGAGCUCCGAGCAGAACAUCAGACAGAUUGGCAGCUUUGCCUCGGUGGAGCAGUUCUGGCGUUUCUACAGUCACAUGAUCCGACCAGGCGACAUAACGGGCCACAGUGACUUCCAUCUUUUCAAAGAAGGCAUUAAACCCAUGUGGGAGGAUGAUGCCAACAAGAUGGGCGGGAGGUGUAUCAUCCGUGUGAGGAAAGGCUUAGCGUCACGGUACUGGGAGAACCUGAUCCUGGCAAUGCUGGGAGAGCAAUUCAUGGUCCGAGAGGAGAUCUGCGGCGCUGUCGUGUCUGUCAGGUUCCAGGAAGACAUUAUUUCCAUCUGGAACAAAACAGCCGGCGACCGGUCUACCAGGGCCCGCAUCAGAGAUACACUGCGACGAGUCCUCAACCUUCCCCCCAACACCUGGCUGGAUUACAGGACACACAACGAUAGCAUUAAGUUUGCCCGCAGGCCAGAUCUGGCCCUCCAAGUCAUUCUAUAUGACCUGCAAAAGCCUGGAAAUAAUUUGUGUCAAUAG